CCCUUUCCCGCGAAAACCUCUCUCUCUCUCUCAUGCACACAAUUUCCAAUUCAAUCCCUAGUCUCUCCUCUGUUUCUCUGUCCAUACAAUCGUUUCCGUUCCCUUGUAAUUUUCCUUUCCUAAUCUGCACAGAUUGGCAUCGUUUACUUGAAUCCACCAAUUCAAUUAUCUCGAUCUUUCUACAAUUCUCGUAUCUUUCUGGGAUUUGCUAUUCAUCGACUCACAAUGCAAUGAAGAACCGGAUCAAUGUCGAAACCAGAUCAAUCCUCGAAUCUGAACAUGGGCCAUGAAAACAGUGAUUGUUCGCCGCCGCGGCUGAAGCUGAGGACCGUUCCGCCUAUUCCGGCGCGGCAGGGGACUAGCAAGUCAGAGGUUUCCGGUGGCAGCGACGAGGACGAACAGUUAUCUGAAGACGGGUCGAUUGUUCACGCGUCUUCUAUCGGUCUUAAUCACAUUCGCACUAAAUCGGCUCCCCUUCCUUCGCCUCUUCGGUUUCCCUCUUCUGUUGCCGCUCGUUCGAAUCUCGGCCAAGAGUCAAAGCAGGGGAAGGACGGAGGCGCCCAUCCUUCCAAAUUUUCGACAUCUCAUCACAAUCCCACAUCCAUAGAACAAGGUAGAAAGGGUCAGUGGAGUCAUUCCAAAUAUUUCAGAGUCCCAUCACCAAAUGGUCUGGAACUGGAGGGUCAUCAUGCAGCUUUUGCCAAGGAAGUCCAAUCUCCACGAUUCCAGGCUAUACUGCGUGUUACAAGUGGACGCAAAAAGAGAGCCCCAGAUAUCAAGAGCUUUUCUCACGAGCUCAAUUCCAAAGGAGUGCGCCCUUUUCCAUUCUGGAAGUCUCGAGCAUUCGGUCAUAUGGAGGAAAUUAUGGUAAUGAUCAGAGCAAAGUUUGAUAGAUUAAAGGAAGAGGUCAACUCUGACUUGGGUCUGUUUGCGGGAGAUUUGGUGGGUAUACUUGAAAAAACUUCAGUGUCACACCCUGAAUGGAAAGAGAAUCUGGAGGAUCUGUUAGUUACAGCCAGGCUUUGUGCAAAAAUGUCACCAAGCGAAUUUUGGUUGAAGGGUGAGGGCAUUGUUCAGAAACUGGAUGAUCUUCGUCAAGAACUAUCAAUGGGCACACUUAAACAAGUUUAUACCCGCCUUCUGUUUAUCCUCACUCGAUGCACUCGGCUUGUGCAAUUCCAGAAAGAGAGUUUUUAUGAAGAAGACCACAUUCUGUGUCUACACCAACUCAGUGACCUUGGAGUCUAUCCAGAACAAGCUUUUGGGCCUCCACACGAAGAAUAUAGUGACUCAUUGGAUGGAAAGGAAGUGUCAGGAAGGCAGAAAAAUAAAGCAUAUGGUCUGGACCAGAGAAAUCUAGCUACUAAACAAGAUCAGGUAAAUCAAAACUUUGAAAGUGGAGGUGAUGCUGGGGAGGUUAGUACCACCAAAAGUGUUGCUUCAUCUACUGGCAGCUAUAGGAUGUCAUCCUGGAAGAGAUUCCCAUCUGCAGCUGAAAAGAAUCGGAAAGGCACAGGUUCUCUUGACACCCCAUCCAAGGAGAAAUCAGAUCUAUCACAUGCAAAAGAUGAAACAGGCAGUGUGGAUGAAAACAGUGAAAACCUGGAUACUCUCUUGUGCACUCGUGAAAAUUCAGAGACACCAUCGAGAGUACGAAAAGUUAACUGUGGACUUUGGGGGGAUCAAAACAGUCUAACCUAUCAUAAUUCAUUGAUAUGUCGAAUUUGUGAGGUUGAAAUACCAACCGUACAUGUGGAGGCACAUUCUAGAAUUUGUACAGUUGCUGAUAGAUGUGACUUAAAAGGUUUAACAGUAAAUGAACGGCUUGAAAGAGUUGCAGAAGCUCUUGAAAGCAUAUUGGAGUCUUGGACACCAAAGAGUUCAGAUUGUGCAAUUGGAAGCCCAGAUGGUGCAAGAGUGUCUAAUUCAAGUUUGCAUGAAGAGCUGGCUGAGUUAUCACCCAAGCGGAACAGCUUAUCACACUACUGCUCUGAAGAAAUGCUUGAUUGUGUUCCUGAAGCUGAUAGUUCAUUUGGCAUGGGUAUCCAGAACACUUUGCCUCACAUUUCGUGUGAAUCACGGUCAGUCUCGACUCCUCCAGAUAAGAAAGCCUCAUCAGCUGGAACCUUAACGCCACGUUCACCAUUAGUAACCCCGCGGGCAAGCCAAAUUGAGUAUCUAUUGAGUGGACGGAGAACUAUAACAGAGAAUGAAAAUUAUCACCAGAUAAACAAAUUAGUGGAUAUUGCUCGAUCUGUCGCCAAUGUAAACGCCAAUGACUAUAGUGCGUUGGAGAAUUUGCUUGAUCGUCUAGAAGACCUUAAGUAUGCCAUACAAGACAGGAAGGUGGAUGCCCUUCUUGUGGAAACAUUUGGAAGACGUAUAGAGAAACUAUUACAGGAAAAAUAUGUACAUCUUUGUGGGCAGAUAGAAGAUGAAAAAGUAGAAUCAUCAAAUAACAUGGCUGAUGAAGAUAGUUAUGUGGAAGAUGAUACAGUUCGUAGUCUUCGGACAAGCCCUCUCAAUCCUGCUAAGGAUCGAACAUCCAUAGAAGACUUUGAAAUAAUAAAACCAAUUAGCAGAGGAGCAUUUGGACGAGUUUUCCUGGCGAGAAAAAGGUCAACUGGAGACUUAUUUGCUAUAAAGGUUUUAAAAAAGGCUGAUAUGAUUCGUAAAAAUGCAGUUGAAAGCAUUUUGGCUGAGCGUAAUAUCUUAAUCUCAGUUCGUAAUCCUUUUGUGGUCAGAUUUUUCUAUUCCUUCACAUGUAGGGAAAAUCUGUAUUUGGUCAUGGAGUACUUGAAUGGAGGAGAUCUAUAUUCUAUGCUGCGAAAUCUAGGGUGCUUAGAUGAAGACAUGGCACGCAUAUAUAUUGCAGAACUUGUGCUCGCAUUGGAAUACUUACACUCCUUAAAUGUCAUCCACAGAGACUUGAAGCCUGACAACCUGUUGAUAGGUCCAGAUGGUCACAUCAAGUUGACAGAUUUCGGGCUCUCCAAGGUAGGACUCAUUAACAGCACAGAUGACUUGUCAGGUCCUCCAGUUAGCAGCACCACUCUUCUAGGAAACGAUGAACCAAAAAAUGCUCCAAAACCAUCAACGAAAAGAGAACAGCGCCAGAAGAAAUCAGUUGUUGGUACCCCUGACUAUUUGGCACCAGAGAUACUUCUUGGCAUGGGACAUGGUGCAACAGCAGAUUGGUGGUCUGUGGGUGUUAUUCUCUUUGAGCUCCUUGUAGGAAUUCCUCCUUUUAAUGCAGAACAUCCACAGCAAAUUUUUGAUAACAUCAUGAAUAGAGAUAUACCUUGGCCUCGAGUACCAGAGGAAAUGAGCUGGGAAGCAUAUGACCUAAUUGAUAAAUUGCUGUUAGAAAAUUCAGUUCAAAGAUUAGGUGCUACUGGGGCUGGAGAGGUAAAGCACCAUUCUUUCUUCAAGAAUAUCAACUGGGACACACUUGCAAGACAGAAGGCCAUGUUCAUACCUUCAGCUGAACCACAAGACACUAGCUAUUUCAUGAGCCGCUACAUUUGGAAUCCAGAAGAUGCAAAUGUUGGUGGAGGCAGUGAUUUUGAGGAUAUGACUGAAACAGGCAGUAUUUCAGGCAGCAGUGGUUCAUGCUACACACAGGAUGAAGAUGGUGAUGAAUGUGGAAAUUUAGCUGAAUUCAGUGCUCCAAAUCUUGAUGUGAAGUACUCAUUUAGCAAUUUCUCAUUUAAGAAUUUGUCUCAGCUCGCUUCAAUCAACUAUGAUUUGGUUGUGAAGAGCGUCAAGGGAUUACCAGAUACCGCCAAGGAGUCCAUUCCAAGAUAGCUUUUUGAUGGCUUCACUAUAUGGAUCCUUUUAACUCAACCGUGUAGCUCUGUGAGCACUAGUUGAUCUCCCUGCUGGCUAUUAACAAGGGAUUAGUCCCUUGUUGAAAAAUGUCAUUCAGAGCCAGCAGCUCUUCCAAGGCCCCCCCUAUUUCUGAAUCAGCUAUUAGAAGACAGAUGGGAUUGAAAAUAGCAAAGAACUUUGGUGUGUAAGAUAUAGUAAUAGAAUCAUAAAAUUGCUAUAUGAUGAUUAUGCUCUUUGAUUCAUCCAUUUCCUUGUCUAUACAAAACAGAGAGUCAAUUUGAAGUCCUGACAUGUGGUUGCAUGUAUAUUUGUCUAUGACCACAUGUUUCUUUCUUUUUCUUUUUCCAGUAGGAGCAAUUUUGUUUUCGAUUUAUUUAUUACUUUUCAUCAACGUGUAGGAGCCAAUUGACAAUAACUUUCUUUGUAAAUUGACAAGUAUAGCUUGGAGAAGCUUUGUUGCUCCCAUACUUUGGUUUGUUUCAUUGCUGAAGAAAUAUAUAGAAGUUUAGCCAUGGUUUAUAGAGAUUCA